AUGACCACUGUACGCGAGCUCUACGGCGGCGCAAUGACCAUGCAGGUGCCAUCGGGCAUGGUCGACAUAAGCGAGUUCCGGCAGGUGCCGGACAACCAAGAGGUGUUCUGCGACACCUCGACAGACCGCAGCCUGAUCAUCGAGAUUCUGGAGGCCGUGCCGCAGCCUGGCAUGCAGGCCAUCGAGUACCAUUUCGCGCAGCUGGCCAAUGCCAACGACGCGGCCGAGAGCGAAAUCGUCGAAACCACAGAAACAAACGGCAUGUUUGCAUUGGCGGGCCGACAGCAAGCAGGGAAAUUCAACCAGCAGGGGACGCAGUGCGUGGCUGUGCUGCUGGCGCUUCAGCGCAUUCCCGAAAACGACGCCGACGUUCUGAUAACCAUGAACGUGCCG